CGCUCAGUCUAGGCCCGCGAGCGCGACCGGCCGCGCGAAACCCGCGACGCAAGCGCCCUGGCGCACGCCGCGCGCCGCGCGAAACGCGGCGUAACCUUCCUCGAAUCGACCGAGGUAGGCAACACUGCCGCCGAAACCGAAAUUCAGUGUCAAAAGGUUGGUGAACCCUGAACCUAAAGUGCACCUAAAACUAACCCCCGAAAUACGAAAUUUGCUCGCCGGGCCCGGUGACAUCUGUUAUUACGGCGUGCGCUCGUAAUUUCCUCGUGCCCCGGUCCGCGUACGCGAGUUCUACAUCGCGAUGCAGCGUUGCCCCUACAUCCACGAGAUGAAGGAGCGGCUCCUGACCGUCGACGGCGACUCGCGGGAGAGCCCUCGGGACCCCCGCACCCUCCCCGACCCCCGCGACACUCCCCGCGAGCGCCCCCUUGAACUUCAAGACUCCCAAGUUGGAACCAUCGUCAAACUGAAUUCCGACGGGUACGGGUCGCACACGUCGCCGGCGCGGGCGCCGCUCGUGGCCGACGAGUGCGACGCGCCGGAGGAGACCGACGCACUGUCGCCCACCGAUGCCAUUCUGCGGUAUCGGGCUUGCUGCCAGCCAGAGAAGAAACCCAAAAAUGCCAAAACCUCCCUGUUCAUCAUCUCAAGUUUCAUCUACGCGAAACUUCUGGUGGUGGUUUGCAUCGCCUACGUGGUCAGCGAUGUCAUCACACACAACCUGCCCCUCUACUACUAUGAAGGAUUCUUCACCUACCUCUAUGGCAUGAGCAUAUUGUUUUUGCUGUACGUUUUCUGCUUCCUACUUCAAGAAAGCGCCUGCUGUAGUGGAAGUCCCCCGAAACCUAAGCCUCCCCCAAAAGAGAAGAAACCGAAGAAGGAAAAAGAAAAGAAAACCAAAGACAAAGACGCGAAAGAGGGAAAAGACGGCAAAGAAGGCAAAGAUGGAAAGAAAGAUGGCAAGAAAGAAGGCAAAGGCAAAGACAAGGACAAGGACGCCGGGAAAGAUAAACCAAGCAAAGAAGCCAAGAAACAAAGUCAAUUCCAGGAGGUGUAUCCCCGUAAGAUGCGUGAUAAAGUUCGUCAACAACAAUUACAGAUUCAAAUGGCGCUGUAUGCGUCAGACCAGCAACAAGAUAUUGUGGAGAUGGAAGCCGGACCAGUGGCCAGACCAGUACGCAGACGGAAGACUUCUCAAAAUGAGCAUAGUCAUGGUAGCUUUUUCUUACGAAUUGGAGCUAUUGCUUUCGGCUUGGGUACCAUGAUAUACAACGGCUUAGAAUUCGGAACUUUCUUUGAGCUGCCCCUCGAUUCUCCUUGCUAUCUUAUCUUGAAGGGGGUAAACCCGGUACUGCAGAUGGUUUUCACCUUCAUGCAAAUGUAUUUUAUUUUCAUGAACUCUCGAUUAAACAUUCAUCGAUUCAAAGUUAUUGCCCGAUUUGGAUUAAUGCACGUCGUAGCAACUAACAUCUGUGUAUGGAUAAGAACAUUGGUUUUAGAAUCUUUAAAAGAAAUCACCGACUACCAUGUGAAGUAUCCCAAUGGAGUGUCCGGCGAGACAGUUCUUGGAGGGGUCAUUCGUAAGCAUACUUUGAGGCACUCUGGAAAAGUGUUCGGAGCUGCGAGCACGGCUGCAACUGCUAUUGCCUCAACGGCCGUAAACUCUGCCAAAGUCUUAGGAAAUUCCAUUGGUAUAACCACAACCUCUGGUCCCAUCACAACUCCUACAACGACGACUACUCCCUCACCAUAUUUGAGCGGGUUUAAUAUGGGUGGGUUUCCUUCGAAAUCGAAAAUAAUCGAUGCCAUUAAGAGUACUUUAGGGUACGAUAAUGGGAUGGUUUAUGGUCGCGAACAAGAUGCUUGGCCCAACGAUAAUCCUUUCACAACGACUACACAUGCGCCACUGGUUGAUGAGAAAGUGACUCAAUCUCAGUCGGCGAUGUUAGAAGUGUACCAAGGGUUUUACUCGUCGACCUUGAAACCGAUUGUCAGCACUAUGGUGCAGAGUUCGACCUCUGGCUCGUACUUCACGAGCAGGGACGAAUGGGGUAACAAUGUCGAAACCUACCGCGUUGACGAACCGCCUCACUCGCCAGCGAACAACUCUUCGGAAUUGUUUGAAUCUGUAUACAACCUGCAACCGCAAGCCCUGAUCGCCAACAUCGAUAACACCACAGUAUGCGGCCGAAUUCCAAUUAUGGGAACCAUCGUUACAGACUCUGCUCCUUACCUUUAUCCGUUCAUUAUCGAGUACUCUUUAAUCGGGGCCGCUGUUAUCUACGUCAUGUGGAAGCACAUUGGCCGCUAUCCUAGCGUGGCCAACGACGAAGAUCUGGAAAGACGUCUGGAAGCUGUUCUCUCCCGCAGGGCGGCAGCACUGGCAGCAGCUCAGCGUGGAAACCGCGUCGACUGCGCCGGAGCUUCCAAGGGACUCUUCUGUGGACUGCUGCUAUUGGUUGCUUCGCUCAUCUGCUUGAUUCUCUUCUUCGUGCUCAUUAGACACCAAGAGUUGAAGCGCAUCUCGAUCUAUUUGGCUGAUGUAUCCCAUUGCGCUCUGAUGGUUUUAUCUAUAUUGGCGAUCUUAAUCGGAUUUAUACGUGGUCGAGUAAUGAGAUGGAGCAAUACCCCGUCCUACACCGAACCUCUCCGCAGGGUACAAUCGUUGAAGUUCCGCUCCGAAGAACAGUCGGACUUGAACGACAUCCUGCUGCGCGUGUCUGCCUUCGGUCUCUUCGUGUACGCCGUGUUCAGCGUCAUCGCUGGUGGCAUGGGAGCUUUUACCCAUGAACCGAAUUUGCUCGUCAUGAUUACUGGAUGCUUAAGUGUUUUUCAGGUGGUACUCCAACUGUUGUUCAUCGCCGACGUGUCCCGCCGCCGCGUGCAUCUCCCUGAGCAGGAGCGCAGCAAGCCGGCACGCCAGGCCGUCACCUUCCUGCUCAUCUGCAACGUUACCAUGUGGCUCAUCUACACCUUCGAGGCACAGAAAGUGCUGGCCAAUCCCGUUCAAUUGGACUUUUAUGGCUACGUGGCCUGGUCCCUGGUUCAACGCUUCACUCUGCCACUUUGCAUCUUCCACCGUUUCCACUCAGCUGUAACCCUAGCAGAGAUAUGGAAGACCAGCUACAAAGCGCGCCUGGAGUGAGCGUCAGAACUUAAC